AGUGGUCCAGUGAACUUUGCAAGAUGUAACCACUAGCUGUAGAUACCUAAGUGAUUGAGAGAUGAGUAAUGGGAUGGAGCAUGCAGAGCCAGAAGUGGAUGGAGCCCAUGGGCCACAGAGGCUUAGGCCCUCAUCAUACCGGGCCCUGCGCAGUGCUGUCUCCAGCCUGGCACGCAUUGAUGACUUCAUCUGUGAGAAGAUUGGUUCUGGCUUCUUCUCUGAAGUGUUUAAGGUAAAACACAGGAUGACCGGGCAGGUCAUGGCUCUGAAGAUGAACACAAUGGCUAGUAACAGGGCCAACAUGUUGAAAGAAGUGCAGCUCAUGAAUCGUCUGUGCCACCCGAAUAUUCUCAGGUUUGUGGGAGUAUGUGUACAUGAGGGGCACCUCCAUGCUCUCACAGAGUACAUUAAUGGUGGAAACCUGGAGCAGCUGUUGGACAGUGACGUGUUUUUGUCCUGGAGUGUGAGGAUGAGCCUUGGUCUGGAUAUUGCCAGAGGACUGCAGUACCUCCACAGCAAGGGGAUAUUUCACAGAGACCUCACCUCAAAGAAUUGCCUGAUACAAUGGGAGAACGGCAUAUGCACGGCUGUUGUUUGUGACUUUGGCCUGGCAGAGAAAAUUCCAGAUUACAGUGAUGGCACACAGAAGCAGCCUUUAUCCAUCGUGGGUUCUCCAUACUGGAUGGCUCCUGAAGUGCUGAGAGGAGAGCAGUAUGAUGAGAAGGUGGAUGUUUUUGCCUAUGGCAUUGUCCUCUGUGAAAUCAUUGGUCGGAUCCAGGCAGAUCCAGACUUCCUGCCACGCACAGAGGAUUUUGGACUGGAUGUUGUUGCAUUUCAGCAGCUGGCAGAAGACUGUCCCCCAGCUUUUUUCAACCUAGCAGUUACAUGCUGUGGUAUGAAGGCAGAGAGUCGUCCUCCUUUCUCUCUAAUAGUACCUGAGAUGGAGAGAAUAUAUGCCGAGCAGAAGAUGGAGCUGGCAGUGCCCACUGAGGGUGAGUCAGCACACCCACUCUCCCCCAGUUCAGUGUCUCCGGCCCACAGAAGGUUGUCUUUGGACACCUGUUUGAAUGAUCGUGUGUCCCCUAAUAAAUCGGACGUGUUUACUCCAGUUCAGCUGACACCAGCACGCAUUAACCCCUUUUCCCAGAGGCAUGACCUGAAUGGCGGCCGCAUUAAACUGUUUGACACCCCCAGCAAGUCUGUUAUCUCCCUUACCUUCACCCUGCCUCCGCCCUCUGAUGCAUGCAGCCCCACACACUGCGCAAAUGCACUGUACCGUCGCCACAGACGCUGCCAGUCGCUGCCCUGCACGCCUGAGGAUGUCCAGUCAUUAAGGAGUAAAUGUGGCACAAGAGUAAGAAAUCAAUAUCCUAACAGGAAGACCGCACAUGCUGUUGAUCUACCAGACAGGGACAGUGACGCUGUCAGAGAUGUAUGUGCCAAGAUUGAACAUGAACAUGUGUUCAGUGCUCACACACAUGAAGAAAACCGACAUAUUAAUGAUCUGUCUGACACGAGCGCACAGUGUGAAUCAGACUUCUCAAAUACAGAUUCCUCAGACGGGCUACAUCAAGUGUUAAAUGUACCAGAAGGGGAGGAGUGUGUGAAGGAGAUCAUAAAGAACUCAGUUUAUGAAGAACUUAAAAAGGAGGACAGUAAUGGGCACCAGACAGAUUAUAACGACCUUGCAGAUGACUCUGGACUCCCAAUGGAUUUUGAGUUGAUGUCUUUUGAUCGUGAGGAGAGUGUUGACGAGGCUAUGGACUGCAUCAGCUCUCCUAACACAUCAGAUGACUCUGUUUCUGAUUCACCCAAACAUUUUACCAAUGGCUGGACCCCACCUGUUUCCAAUGGACCACCAUUUCUAGGCCGGCUACCUGAUUUUCACAACAACAACAGCCAGUCGACCUUGUCGAGACCUUUGAAUUUGGCUGUAAAUGGUCUCCGUGGUUCCGCUAGCCCAGUGAGCCCUCCAGAGCAGGAUGAGGUUGUGGCAUGUUCAGGCUGCUGCCUGGCAGGUUUUAGGCUUCCCUCUAUGUGUUUGCGUGGGACACGGCGGAACCCAUAUAAGAACUUAAAUAAGGAUGCAGCCACAAUGGGACUUCUUCAGAAAGCACAGCCUACAUCACCCACGGCACCAAGCACACAUGUGUAAAGGUGCCACUGCAUGCUGUUUGAUUUUUUGCUGUAUGAGAAAUGUCUUAAAGGAAUAAUUGCACAAAAAAACUAAAAUAUUAUGAAAAUUAAAGCAGAUCAAAACUAACUAAAAUCUUUUAUAAAGCAGACUUAAAAGGAUAUGUUUUUCUGACUUACCCAUCAAAAAUUACUAAAAUAAAAAUAAAAACGUAUUGACUAUGACUAUUAUAACAGUGCUUGCCUUUUUGAAUUUGCACUGCAGCUACAGAGCUAACAUGGCUAACAAUUAGGUGGAAUAGUAUUUUCCAUUGCUUGUUAGUGAUGUUUAAUACUUCUAAAGCCAAAAUAACUUUAUGGCAUUUUACUGUUAUUUUAGACAUUAUUCAUUAUUCAUGGUGUUGGCUGAUGGGCUGAUUGCGAUUACAAAAAUUAGUUUUUUGUGAAAUUAUAACUUUAAGACUGAUGUUGCUAAUUGCACAGAGAAAAGUGUUAAUGUGCUGGGUGGGGAUCAGCAGGGCAUCCAGCUGCCACCUAAAUGUAUCUUGUGCCUGUUUGACAGUUCUGCUAGAGACUCUCUCAACAAAUGAUCUUUAACAAGAAAUAAUUAUUAUGGAAAGAUUAUAUAAAGAUGAUGUUUUGAUAGCACAGCUGAGCUGUUUCUAUCAACUAUAUAAUAAGGUGCUGUGCAUUUAUGUUACCGCCCAUGCCUGUGUAAAAAUGUAAUGAGUAACUUAUUAUACUUUCUGUUUGGCCUUUAUUGUCUUGACUUUAUGACACUUAAGAUGUCUAUAUAAAUAUUUUGUUUGCUAUUUUGAAUUAAGGUUGUAAAAGUUUGUCUGAAUAUUAUUUUAUUAAGGAAAUUAAAUC